GUAACGACAACGAUGUACCGGAGGAUCUCCUUCGGCAGACCACCCUAUCAGGUGCCACGAGGAGAAACAGUUCCUUCGGAACCACCCAGGAGCCCCCAAUGGAUGUUGCAGCAGGAGAUGCUGUGGGCCGCUCGAGAGGAAACCGAGAGGGAGAGGCAGGCCACCCUCAGGACCAGGGAGCUCCAGAGGUCAGCCACUCCGACCGCCAGGACGCUGACGCCACCACCACCCCCCUCAACGGUCAGCGACCACCUCAGCCAGCAGCCAGCAGACGAGGACGCCCCCGGAAAUCUCCCCCAGUUCCCCUUACCAACCCCCGUGACCUCGACCCCAUUGCCACCCGACUCCGAUCCCAGCCCGUCCGAGACCGAAAUCCCUCCCCACCCCCCAAGCGCUCCACGUAAACCUGUAGCCCCUACCAAUCUCCCGACUACGCCUAGACCCCUGAAGGAGAUGCUGUGGGCCGCUCGAGAGGAAACCGAGAGGGAGAGGCAGGCCACCCUCAGGACCAGGGAGCUCCAGAGGUCAGCCACUCCGACCCCCAGGACGCUGACGCCACCACCACCCCCCUCAACGGUCAGCGAUCACCCCAGCCAGCAGCCAGGAGACGAGGACGCCCCCGGAAAUCUCCCCCAGUUCCCCUUACCAACCCCCGUGACCUCGACCCCAUUGCCACCCGACUCCGAUCCCAGCCCGUCCGAGACCGAAAUCCCUCCCCACCCCCCAAGCGCUCCACGUAAACCUGUAGCCCCUACCAAUCUCCCGACUACGCCUAGACCCCUGAAG